AUGACGAACGUUCUCCGCGUUCCCAAACUUGACUUGCCGGCUAUUCUCGUCCAGCAAAACCCUCAGAUAGACCUCCGGCUCGACGCGUACGAGACCUCCACCCGCAACUUCCUUGCCGCGGUCUCCAACUACACCCAGCAUGCAGUAACAGAGAUAACUAAGCGAAAGAACAAGUUUCACGCGGACAAAAAGGCGGCUGCUGAGAAGGCCCAGAACAUCGAGACGGAGACGACCCAAUGCAAGGUCAAGGAGAUUGAGCUCAUUUCAGUUCUGGACAGGGAGGCUGAGGAGAAGAAGGAGGCUGAGGCCAGCGUUGCCCAGUUUCGGAGACAGCUCGCCAGCAUCAAGGAGAAGUGCGCGUCGCUGGAUGUCGAGAUCGAGCAGCACCGGAUAGUGGCCGCAAAUCUCAUGCGAGAGCGGAGACGCGAGCAUGGCAUCCUCAAUGUGCACGCAGCAAAUAUCAUGCCAGAGAUGCUCGCAUGCGAGGAUCGGCUGAAGUGCUGGAUAGAGGGCAUUGGUCCGGACCUCACCCUCGUUCGAUUUACGCAUAUCGACCCCGCGGACAUUUCCAGGGAGUUCAGUCUGGUGCUCGACGUAUCUGAGCCUGUAAUUCGAGUGCCAACAACAACACCGGGUCUCCCCACACUUCCCAUCAUCCUCAACGAGUCGAGCGACUCCAACGUCAUCAUUCGGCGUGUCAGAGCAGCAUUCGUUGAAUUGGUUGCGCAAGGGAAAUGA